AUGUUCUCGGUGCUGGAGGCGCUUUGCCACUUUGCGAGGCGCCGCUCUUGCGCGACCCUGUCCAGCGAGGCCGUCGACGAGUUGCUGCGCGUGGCCUGCUUGGUGCUCUCGCGCGUAGUUGACCUGCGUGCCCCGAUCGACCCCUCGCUGGCGUCUCGGCGAGGGCUCGGGCCGACGCCUUUGACCGCGCACCCGCUGCUGCUGAUCAGCUGCUACGACCCGUGCAGUGGAGGCCGCGUUGGGGCUGAGGUCGUAGGCUCCCGCGUUGGCGUGCACGUCGCAGUGUUGGAGUCGACCAAGCGCCGACUCAUCCACCGCGAUAACUACCCUGUGGACGAGGAGCUUCCACGGUUAAAAUUUGUGGAUGAAGCGUGCCGCGCUCGGUGGCGAGCCUGGUGCGGCGACUUCGGGGUCCUGCUCGUAGCUGGCGGAAGAGUGCUGCUCAACACCGCGGUGCGGUGCCUGCGUCUGCUGCGGCAGCGCUUCUGCCUGGUCGUGGCCCUCGUCGAGGCGCCGGCUUCGGUCGAGGUUGAGGCCUGCGCGGCGGCGCUCUGUAGAUGCGGCCGGGACAUGCAUCGGUGCCCGUGCUAUCACUACGAGAGUGCCGGCGUGAUCCAGGCGGGUGCCUCGCCCCGCCAGCUCCUCGCUGCCGAGCGCGAGCGGCAGCCGGGCCACGCGACGAACCGCGCCGCGGAGGCCUUGGGAAAAAGCGACGAGAAGGCGAUUUUCAUGGACCUCGAGGGCACUCGGUGCUCAGCGCAUGCGCGCUCGCCCGCGCUGCUGAUCACAGCUGGGCUGCUUGGCGGGGCGCUGGUGCCCCGCGACUGGCGCGGGGCAGUCCGGGGCGCCGAGCUCUGGCGGCGAUGGCUCGUUCUCGAGGCGGCGGCCGCGCAGGAGGCGAUUGAUUUGAAGCGCUUCUCUCGGACCGGCCAGGCUGCUCGCCCGAUGCCGCCGAGGGGCGCCAACGUGUUGAGCGCGGUGGCUGGGAUCUACCGCGACAUCGACGUCCAGGGCGCUGGCGCGCGCCUGGGCGGCCGCAUAAAUUCGUUGCCGAUGUCGUUGGGCUUGGCGGGGUUCACGAUUUGUGGCUUGCAGGCGCGUCUGCCGAUGCUCGGGCGCAACCUCGCUUGCGGUUGGGGCGUGCGCAGGGCGUGGCGCCUCCGCGAGUUCCUGGUGCAGGCGCCGCCCCUGCCUUCGGAGGCUGCUAUUGGCCUCGUCGGUCUUGCCUGGCGCGUGCAGCUACCUGGCGUGGCCUGCGUGUUUGCGCUGGCCUGGCAUUGCGUGCUGCGGACGAUGGAGGUGUUCGGCGGGGCUUCGCGCCACUUCCGCGCGCUCGGCUCCAUGGGCAAGGCUUGCGAGCGCAGGUGGCGGAUCAACAAUCACAACCACAAGUCUGGAUGGUGCUGCCACUACAGCCAGGACGAGGGGCUCUGGUACACCGACGAGUACCCAGAGUCCACCUGGAUCUGGAGCCUGGUCGACAUGACGGAGCGAUACAAGCACAACCAGAUGGUCGUUGCGAUCGAUCUUCGGAACGAGGUCCACGACUACGAGGACACCCAUCUCACGUGGGGCGACGGUGAUCCGCAGUCCGACUGGGCGGCCGCCGCCACUCGCGCGGGCGAUGCCGUCCUCGCGGCCAACAGCGACGUCCUCGUCGUGGUGAUGGCGCUCUGCUUUGGGAUGGAGCUGCGGCCAGCGCGGGAGCACCCCGUGAAGCUGGCGGUGCCAAAUCGCGUGGUGUACGAGUCGCACAGCUAUCUCGAGUACCAGAUAUGGCAGCUUAUCUCGCAGAAUUUCGGGUCCUGGGGUUCCGUCUGGAGGGUCGCCAGUCUCUGCACCAUGCGGGGAGCCAGCGUGGAGAGCCAGACCCGCUGGUUGUGGCAAAAGCGGAAUUGGGGUGGAGGUGGGGGGACUGGGAAGGGGGAUAAGGAGGGUGAGAGGUGA